AUGGUUCAGGAGGAGUUCUUCGUUAUUGGUACCUACAAGAAGUCAUGGGUCGGCUAUAAGUGCAAAAGAUGCGUCGAGCUUCUCUACCUUAAGGACCAGAACCCGCCUCCCUACACUUGCGACGGCCCCAACUGCGGCAAGAUUCUCGCUCCUCACUGGAGCAACUCAAACAAGCUUCUCUCUGCGGAGGCGGAGUAUGAGAGCCACGACGGCAUAAUGGUCAUCCACUACACCUUUGGCGAUGAGCCCGCGGCUUCCGAGGCUUCUUCAUCUCGCUGA